GCUGCAUUUUCACCACGACUUUCUCUCUGAACAUUAUUCUAAAGGAAAGGACGACCCACUUACAUCCCCAAUUAUCAAUCUUUCUAAAAAUGAGUUUUUAUUACGUUUUAGAAAGGAACCGCUGGUGAAUGUAAGUUCCAAUAAAUUCAACUGAAGAACCUAUAUAUCAUCAUUGAAGUUGAAGAAGUUCAAGAAGUAAGAAGUUCAGAGGCGACGGUGGGGAUCGAACCCACGACCGCGGAAUCUACUAGCCGAGAGUCUGACGCCUUAACCACUCGGCUACCACGGCCCCUUCUAAAAGGGUUGGACAGAUUAUGAAUUAACUGGUUGUCACGAUAGGAUAGUGAAAUUUAUUGUAGCGGGGCUGGGCCAGGUUUGGGACGUAUGGUAUUUUAAGAUCGGAGUGGAUAGUAUGAUUGGUAUUAGUGGAUUAGUAGAUAGGUGAAGCAACUAUUGUGCGAAGAUUUUGGAUUGUAGAGAGUGCCGAUUAGGGUAGUGUAUAAUAGUGUUUUGUUAAGUAAUGUCAGUUUAGAUCUUUUGUCAAGUAGUCCUUCAACAUUUUAAAUCUAAGGUUACAGUCCAUUCGUUUUAAUCGGGUGUGUGGAUGUCUUUUGUCCAAGUAAAGUCCAAAUAUCGUAUACUAUUCGCUGGAAUAGGGGAAGAACUGGAGUGCCGUAUAAAUUAGACAGGUGGGAGAGUUUUAUGAUAAGAGUGAAAACUAUGUAUUUAGAGUUUUGAUUGUUUACGUUGGUUCCCCACUGUCGAAGCCAGAGUUCAAGCGUAUGAAGAUGGGAUUGGAGAUUGCGGAAAGAAGUAACAGGAUCUAUGUUUGGCUAGAAGAUUGCCGUGUCAUCGGCGUAUGUGAAGGUUAAUGGGAGAUCAGCAGUAAAGAAGGAGUAAAGUAAGGGAGCAAGUGUGCUUUCCUUUGGGACGCCGGCUAAAAUGGAAAAAAUAUAAGAGGAAGAGGUACCUUGGAUUUUUUUGGAAGUAUCGGUUUGUAGGAAGGAUUUGAGGAGUAGCAUGUAAAUAGACGGAUGCCCUUUAGCUUCCGCAACAAGCCCUCGUGCUCGUGCCUUAUACGAUCAAAGGCCAGGGAUACGUCAAGGAAAACACCAGGGCAGUGCUUGCUUGAGCUCGAGGUAGGUGGCGAUGGUGUCAACUCGGUGGGCUUCUGAAUAGUCGAGUGGUAGCCGCGGAAUCCGAAUUGGUGUUUAGGCAUAAUAUUUAUGGGUUCGAUGAUGGUGUUUAAGCGAUGAAGAAGAAGCUUUUCAAGUACUUAGCCGAGGAUAGGGAGAAGGCUAAAUAGGACGAUAUGAUGAGACAAGGAGAGAUCAGGGUGAAAUGUUUGAAGAUGAGGCUGAAUCUUAAGGAGAAUGAUGUUCACAUACCUUUGGGUGGCGUUUUUCACCAGCCUCACUGUAAGGUGUUCAGCUAGUCUGGCUUGUAUAACGAACCCAUGCGUUUAUGGGAUUUGUAUGGAUGCAGUGAAUGGUUCAUAUACAUGUUACUGUAUUGAUGGGUAUACCGGGAUAAACUGCCAAACGAACUGGGAUGAGUGCUGGAGUUCUCCUUGCCAGAAUGGAGGCACUUGUCAUGACGGGAUAGCUUUUUUUAACUGUUCAUGCCCAGAUGGGUUUGUUGGGGAAACGUGUGAUGAAAAUAUAAACGAGUGUGGCUCAAAUCCUUGUCUGAACAAUGGAACUUGUCUCGAUGUUGCAAAUGGAUAUAAUUGUCAGUGCCAGCCUGGCUAUUCAGGAUACAAUUGUGAAAUGGACAUGGCAGUCUGCAACACAACAGAUGAAACUCGUUGUGCAAAUGGAGGCGCAUGUAUUGAAGGACCAGGAAUAACAUUUUCAUGCCGAUGUCUCCCAGGAUGGACUAGUAGAUUGUGUGAUCUUCCUGUGGAUGAAUGUUCAUCUUCUCCUUGUGAAAAUGGAGGUGUUUGUAUUGACAUGCAUGCAAUGUACGUGUGUGCAUGUCCUUAUGGAUAUACAGGCUCAAAUUGUGAGACCCAAGUUGAAUUGUGUACAACAAACACCUGUGAAAAUGAUGCACUCUGUGUAGUUGAAGGUAGAACUAGUGUUUGUUAUUGCGUUCCUGACUUUCAUGGUGACAGAUGCCAAUUUAAGUACGACGAGUGUCAAAAAGGGCCUGGGUGUUUAAAUGGUGGGAGUUGUAUUGAUGGAGUCGACAGUUAUACAUGUUCUUGUACAGAAAAUUUCACAGGACGGUUUUGUGAAUGUCAGUACAAUGAAGCUGGCAAACUAAAUUGCAACUAUUUCUAUACUGUGGUACCUAGUACUACAGAAUCAGUACAAAAUGGAAUAAAGACUUCUUAUGUAACUUCCUUCCCAAAUUUUUAUAGUACUAAUUCUAGUAUUGGUAUAGAAAGUACACUAAGAACUGAGCUUACAUCUUAUGUGCCAAUAGAUUUUUCUUCACCCGGGCAGACUGAUGAAACUGACAAGAAUUAUAUAACAACUGAAACAACAACAGUCACAGGGAAAGAAACAUCAUAUACCCAAGAUUUUUCAAAAUUUAGUUCAGGAUUUACAAAUAGUCCAUUUGAAAUUAGUACUAGUUCAGGAGUAAGUUUAACUGAUUAUUAUCAAAAUGGUAGCCAAACUAUAACAACUAUACCAAAUAUAACAAAUAUACCAACUAUGCCAAAUAUACCAACUCUAUCAAAUGAUAAGUUUAGUGUAACUUUUGAUCACCAAGUGCCAACAUUUACUGAAAGCACUUUGACAACAGAUAAAACCAUUACACCGAUGAAAAGUGGCUCAUCCAGGGACUCAAAAAUCACUACAUUAAAAUCUACAGAUACUACAAUAAUUGAAUCAGGGAUUACUUUCUUUACUACAAUUCAUGACUUUCUAACAACUAGUGUAAGCAGUAAAUCUGAUGAAACAGAAUUCCCAGAACUACAAUGGACCACACAAAGUAGUUUCUCUACGGAUUAUUACACAUCUAAGGAAAUAAGCUUUCCCAUUGAAACAGGAUAUUCUUACGAGCCAACAUACACAACAGAAUCAAUGAAUGAUUGUUCCAAAUUUGUAUGUCAAAAUGGAGGGACUUGCACUAAUUAUACACAAGGUUCAAAGUGCCAUUGUGCAUUUGGCUGGAAGGGAAAGUUUUGUGAUGAAGCAGAAGGUAUCAAAGUUGCCGCUUUCAAAGGCCGAUCCUAUCUUUUGCAUUCUUUUGGAAAUUAUACGCACACUAGAAUAUCAUUUAAAAUUCGAACGCUGGCCAAUGAUGGGAUCAUUAUGUAUGCUCACAUGUCGUCCUCAGUUUACAUGACGUUAUACCUUCAAGGGGGCUACUUAAGAUUUCAGUUUUCUUGCGGAAUCCAAACGAUGUUGUUCAGUGAGCUUAAAUAUUCGAUUAAUACAGGUUUUGAAAUAGAACUAGCUUUGUUAUUACACCUUUAUGAAAAGGGUGGGAUUUAUAAUCAUUGCAAUGGAACUGUGCUUUUAAACGGGACGCUCUCAAUGAGCGGUAAACAAGAAGUAUCUUUUCCAAAAUAUCUUCACAUGCUGUCAGGAGUUCUUUAUUUUGGAGGAAUUCCUUCUCUGAUAAUACACCAAGUGGACUUGCCUAUAAAACAGGGAAUAACAGCCUGUAUGCAUUCAUUAAGUGUUAAUGAUAUAAGCCGUGACUUGUACUCUCAAGCACUCGAUGGUUUAGAAGUUAGUGAAUGUGAAUCGCUGGCUUGCUUAUCGAACCCUUGCCAGAACAGUGCGACUUGUAUAGAAAUUGGGCAAAAAUGGAAUUGUUUAUGUCCAUCUGGUUAUUUUGGCAAUAUGUGUGAAAAAUCUGUAUGUUUGAACAAUCCCUGCAAAUAUGGUGGAAGUUGUAUUCCAUAUCCGGGGAGUGGAUUUAUUUGUCUAUGCCCAUUGGGAAAACAUGGGAUGUUCUGCGACCAAGAUCUUGAAAUAGGUCAUCCAUAUUUCUCAUCUUCUAUCAGUGGUCUUUCAUCUUACACGGCUUAUCCACUGCCAGGUCCAAUUCAUCACAGUUUUGAACUACAUUUUCGAUUCAUACCAUCUUCAUUAGAGCAGAUAUCAUUAAUGGUUUUUAUUGGCCAAGGACAUCCACAUGAUUCCAGUUCAGAUCAUUUAGCAGUUAGUUUAAUAAAAGGAUAUGUUGUUUUGACUUGGAACCUCGGUUCAGGUCCAAGAAGAAUAUUUACUCCUCAGGCUGUAUUAGAUUCAAAUCAGAGGAAACAGAUACAUACUGUAAAGCUAGGCAGAUCUGGACAAAUCGGUUGGCUUCAGGUGGACAAUAUGCCUAAUGUUACUGGUACAUCUCCAGGAUGGCUUUCCCAACUAAAUACUAAACCAGUAAUUUAUAUUGGUGGUCAUGAAAGUCAAAAUUUCAGUGGACUGCCUCAUGAUCUACCAUUGCAUACAGGGUUUUCUGGAUGUCUGUUUGAUGUCGAACUUCGGGCUGGGAAAGUAAGACUUAUGAUUCAAAGAACAAGGGAUGCAGUUGGAAGAAAUGUUGGCCAAUGUUCAACAAAACAUUGUAACAAUUCUACUUGCCUUCAUCAUGGAGCGUGCAUGGAUCAUGGAGCAACAUACACGUGCUUGUGUCAAGAGGGAUGGUUUGGAGCAGGGUGUGCAAUUCGUUAUAAUCCUUGUGAUUCUUCAAGGCAUAAUUGCUCUGAAGGGUCUACUUGUGUUCCACUAUCUAUGGGAUAUGAAUGUGAUUGCCCUUUAGGAAGAUCGGGGAAAUUUUGUCAAAAUGACGAAUCUUUAUCAGAUGUUGGAUUUUCUGGUCACAGAUCAUAUCUGAGCAUCGCCCCAGCAUCUUUAGAUUUAAUAGAAACCUGUAUAGAUAUCGAAAUAAGACCUAUUGCUUCUCAUGGAAUUAUUUUGUUUUCCUCUCAGUCACAAGGACCUUCGACUUCAUUUAUUUCUCUUUCUCUACAUGGUGGAGUUUUAGAACUAAGACUGCAACCAAUUGGUGGCCAACGAAGAAAUGGAGAGAUAUUAAUCGUGAGAAGUGGACAAGUUAUUGCUUUGGGCCAGUGGACCAGAGUACGAGCUGGUAGAUAUGGGAGGCGUAUCUUCCUUUGGGUUGAAGGCUCAGUAAAUGCGGGUACUCUACUCCCUGGUGAAAUACUUCUUCCUUCCCACUCUCCGCUUUACAUCGGUGGUGUACCAGAUCUGUCAAAACUCCCUAGUGGAGCUAUGGCUGGCUUGCCGGUCUCCCUUUCCGGUUGCGUUAGAAAGUUGUGGAUCAACUGGAGAUCAGUAACUCUCGACAACCACCACAUAAUUACUGCAAGAAAUAUAAAAGAUUGCGAUGGUACAGCUUGUGGUGGGGAUGUAUGCAUGAAUGGAGGCAGUUGCUGGCUCACACCUGACAACAAACCGAUGUGCACAUGUCUUCAACAAUACAAUGGUUUUAGGUGUGAAAACCAAGUUUCAUGUGCUGAGGUAGGCUGUGAGAAUAGGGGAAGAUGUGAAAAACAAGGGAAGAAAAGCCAAUGUCACUGUCCACCAGGUUGGAGUGGACCAUUUUGUAACAUAGGUGUUGACUACACUGCGCCACAUUUUAGUGGAAACAGUUAUUUAAUCGUAGACUCCAUACACGGCCUUUCAAAACGGGAAGGAGAAAUGGGCAGUCCAUUUGAUAAAAGAGUUGAUCAAAAUAUAACAUACAUCUACGUUAAUUUUUCUUCAGCUCAAUAUGAUGGUAUGCUUCUUUGGACAACCAAGGGAAGUAAUUAUUUAGGUCUUGGUCUUGAGAGAGGUUUAAUAAAAGUUGUAUGGGGAAAAUCUCAUAUUGACAGAAACGAAGUACUUCUUCCAGGCUCAAUAAUGGCAGACGGCGCUUGGCACAAUCUUAUUAUCCGUUGCAAUGAAAAAGAUCUGAAUUUCUGGGUUGACAGGACAAUUAUUCAUUCAUACAAAUCCAACAUGACAAUUCUCACUGAUGGAAUUUUCUAUCUAGGUGGAUUUCCUGGAGAACGCAAAGUCAUCGAGGAAACCAACGGAAGUUUUAACAUAAGAUUUAGCGGUUGUAUAAAAGAGUUGGCUUGGAAUGACAAUUUUUCUAUUGUAGAUUUUUCAAAGUACGAAGGUGAAAACUUAAGAAGUUGCGACAUGAUGUACCUAUUCCCAUGAUUUUAAUCGUUUAUGUUUUUACAUGCAGUAUUUUGUUUUUUUCUACAUUGUGCAAUAUUGUGCUAGUGAAAUUUUUAACAAUGCUUUCAAAGUAAAUAGUUUUUAUUGAAUUUCUUAAAGAAAAUAAAACCUUU